AUGUCGUCUACAAGUCUUUUCGGCAUGGCUGCCGAUGACACCCGGAUUCUGGGACAGGAUCCCCUCAUUCCUCCCGCCCUUCUCACAACCGAGAUUCCUUUGACCGACAAUGCCACCAAGACCGUUCUCAAGGGCCGCAAUGACGCCGCCGACAUUGUCCUAGGCCGCAGCGACCGUCUGCUGGUUGUCGUCGGUCCUUGCUCUAUCCACGAUCCCCCUAUGGCCCACGAGUAUGCCGCUCGCCUCAAGGCCCUCGCCGAUAAGCUCUCCGGCGACCUCUGCAUCGUCAUGCGCGCAUACCUAGAGAAGCCCAGAACCACCGUUGGCUGGAAGGGUCUGAUCAAUGAUCCCAGCAUUGACAACUCCUUCGAGAUUAACAAGGGACUUCGCGUCUCUCGCCAGCUCUUUGUCGAUCUGACAAAUAACGGCAUGCCCAUUGCCAGUGAAAUGCUCGACACCAUCUCUCCCCAGUUCCUUGCCGACUGCAUCUCUGUCGGCGCCAUUGGUGCCCGUACCACCGAGUCCCAGCUUCAUCGUGAACUGGCCUCUGGCCUGUCCUUCCCCGUCGGAUUCAAGAACGGCACUGAUGGCAACCUCGGCGUUGCCAUUGACGCCAUUGGUGCUGCCGCUGCCAAGCACCACUUUAUGGGUGUCACCAAGCAGGGCCUGGCCGCCAUUACUCGUACAAAAGGCAACGAGCACGGCUUCGUCAUUCUGCGUGGCGGUACCUAUGGCCCUAACUUUGACAAGGAGAGUGUGCAGGCUGCCAAGAAGACCCUGGAGGAGAAGAAGCAAAAAAUGGCCAUCAUGAUUGACUGCUCACACGGCAACUCGCAAAAGAAUCACAACAACCAGCCCAAGGUUGCCAAGGUUGUCGGUGACCAAUUGAGGGAGGGUGAAAAGGCCAUUAUUGGUGUCAUGAUCGAGUCCAACAUCAACGAAGGCAACCAAAAAGUUCCGGCCGAGGGCCCCUCUGCUCUCAAGCCUGGUGUAAGCAUAACAGAUGCCUGCAUUCACUGGGAGGACACAGUGACUGUCCUCGAAGACCUCGCCGAGGCUGUCCGCACCCGCAGACAAGUAAAUGGCAGCUCCGCCUAG